UCGUUUGUAACGCAGAUUAUGAUUGGUUCGUGACACUCACUCCCUUUUCCUUCAGACCACUCUCAGCCAAUUACACACGGCCAUCUGAAGUCCAAAAGCCAAACGUAUUUUAGGGCGGGAUUAACCGUGGGGUUAUAUCCAGGUUGCGCUGAUAUGUAGCUCUAGUUAGCUGUUUUUCGAAAGACGAAGACGUGCAAACUACUAAGAAAAUGUCUGGAAGAGGAAAAUCCGGAGCGAAGGCCCGCGCUAAGGCUAAGACUCGCAGCUCCCGCGCUGGAUUACAGUUCCCCGUCGGCCGUGUCCACCGCCUCCUCCGCAAGGGUAACUAUGCUGAGAGAGUGGGCGCCGGAGCUCCGGUGUAUCUGGCUGCUGUACUGGAGUACCUCACCGCUGAAAUCCUGGAGCUGGCAGGUAAUGCCGCCAGAGACAACAAGAAGACCCGCAUCAUUCCUCGUCAUCUGCAGCUGGCUGUCCGCAACGACGAGGAGCUGAACAAACUCCUCGGCGGCGUCACCAUUGCUCAGGGCGGAGUCCUGCCUAACAUCCAGGCCGUUCUGCUGCCCAAGAAAACAAGCCAGGCCACGCAAAACACCGGCAAGGCGGGAAAGAAGGCCUCCUCUCAGUCUCAGGAGUAUUAAUUUCCAAGCCAACAACUGUCCAUACCCAAAGGCCCUUUUAAGGGCCACUCACUCCUCAUUGAAAGAGCAACUAAUCCUGCUACCUAGCGAAUUUCCUUUCUCACCAUGAUGUGCUAUCAAAAGCAUGUUUGUUAAAACCGAUGCUGCUAUUCCUUAGUAAUGUUGGAAGUUUAUUUGCGAACACGUGCAGGUAAAAGUAGUAGUGAGUUAGGUGUAGUAGUCCGUAAGUUAUUAGGGACAACUAUGGGCCCGAUCCUGCAACACAGCCUUCACAUGAUUCCCCUUUUUGCCCCCCCCUAAAAGCCUUAAAACAAAUCCUUGAUACUCUAUUUAUUGGUAGACAGUUGUGUUAAAUCAUGUGUUGAUACACGUGAUUCUUAGUUAAAUGUGUGUUUGUAUUUCACACUGACAUGACCGUUAUUUGUAUAAAUGGCUGUUGUCAAUGAGGUCAACUUGCAUGUGGGUUCAAAGCCUGAAUAACAAAGAACAGUUCAGCUUGACGCUCCAGGUGUUUCCUCAUUGCACGUUAAGGAAACCACAGCCAGCAUGAGCACAACGUGAACACAACCAUAAGACUGUUAGAACAUAUGGCAAAACCACUGUGCUAUAUAACUUCCAAGUUACACAUUCAUCCUCUGCAUGUUUAGGAUAUGUAAUAAAGAAAAUUAGGCAAGAGCCAUCUGUGUGACAA